UUUUCUCCACCGCCAGAUCCCACCCCACCGGGCAGACCCCACCCCCUGCUCCUUCCUCCUGGGGCGCGCUCUCGAGUGCGCGCUCGGAAGUCGGGGGUCGGCGCAGAGUGCAGGCUGCUUACCGGGAGGCAGCGGAGGUAGCGAGAUCUUCGCUUAGACGCCCACCCAUCCGCUCUGCGUCCGGCUCUCGGCCUCCAGCCCGGUCCGCAACCCGGCCUCGGCCCGCAGCGGAGGAUCGGCCUUGGGGCACGCCGCUAGGCGAGUGGAGCGCGGCACCCUAGCCUUUGCCGAGGGCCCGCGCGCAGCGGGAUGACGGGCGGCGGGCGGGCCGCGCUGGCCCUGCAGCCCCGGGGGCGGCUGUGGCCGCUGCUGGCUGUGCUGGCGGCUGUGGCGGGCUGUGUCCGGGCGGCCAUGGACGAGUGCGCGGAUGAGGGCGGCCGGCCGCAGCGCUGCAUGCCGGAGUUUGUUAAUGCCGCCUUCAAUGUGACCGUGGUGGCUACCAACACGUGUGGGACUCCGCCCGAGGAGUACUGCGUGCAGACUGGAGUGACCGGAGUCACCAAGUCCUGUCACCUGUGCGACGCCGGCCAGCAACACCUGCAACACGGGGCAGCCUUCCUGACCGACUACAACAACCAGGCCGACACCACCUGGUGGCAAAGCCAGACUAUGCUGGCCGGGGUGCAGUACCCCAACUCCAUCAACCUCACGCUGCACCUGGGAAAGGCCUUUGACAUCACUUAUGUGCGUCUCAAGUUCCAUACCAGCCGCCCAGAGAGUUUCGCCAUUUAUAAGCGCACCAGGGAAGAUGGGCCAUGGAUUCCUUACCAGUACUACAGCGGCUCCUGUGAGAACACGUACUCAAAGGCUAACCGUGGCUUCAUCAGGACAGGAGGGGACGAGCAGCAGGCCCUGUGUACGGAUGAAUUCAGUGACAUUUCCCCCCUCACCGGCGGCAAUGUGGCCUUUUCAACUCUGGAAGGAAGGCCUAGUGCCUACAACUUUGACAACAGCCCCGUGCUACAGGAAUGGGUAACUGCCACUGACAUCAGAGUGACACUCAAUCGCCUGAACACCUUUGGAGAUGAAGUGUUUAACGACCCCAAAGUUCUCAAGUCCUACUAUUAUGCAAUCUCAGACUUUGCGGUGGGCGGCAGGUGUAAAUGUAACGGACAUGCCAGCGAGUGUGUAAAGAAUGAGUUUGACAAACUCGUGUGUAACUGCAAACAUAACACAUAUGGAGUUGAUUGUGAGAAGUGCCUGCCUUUCUUCAAUGACCGGCCGUGGAGGAGGGCGACUGCGGAGAGUGCCAGCGAGUGCCUGCCUUGUGACUGCAAUGGCCGAUCCCAAGAAUGCUACUUCGACCCUGAACUAUACCGUUCCACUGGACAUGGCGGCCACUGUACCAACUGCCGGGAUAACACAGAUGGCGCCAAGUGUGAAAGGUGCCGGGAGAACUUCUUCCGCCUGGGGAACACGGAAGCCUGCUCUCCAUGCCACUGCAGCCCCGUUGGUUCUCUCAGCACACAGUGUGACAGUUACGGCCGGUGCAGCUGUAAGCCCGGAGUGAUGGGUGACAAGUGUGACCGUUGCCAGCCUGGGUUCCAUUCCCUCACUGAGGCAGGAUGCAGGCCAUGCUCCUGUGAUCCUUCUGGCAGCACAGAUGAGUGUAAUGUUGAAACAGGAAGAUGCGUUUGCAAAGACAAUGUUGAAGGCUUCAGCUGUGAGAGAUGCAAACCUGGGUUUUUUAAUCUGGAGUCAUCUAAUCCUAAGGGUUGCACACCCUGCUUCUGCUUUGGGCAUUCUUCUGUUUGCACAAAUGCUGUCGGCUACAGUGUUUAUGACAUCUCCUCAACCUUUCACAUUGAUGAGGAUGGGUGGCGUGUGGAACAGAGAGAUGGCUCGGAGGCAUCCCUCGAGUGGUCCUCAGACAGGCAGGAUAUUGCCGUGAUCUCAGACAGUUACUUUCCUAGAUACUUCAUCGCCCCUGCAAAGUUCCUGGGCAACCAGGUCCUGAGUUACGGGCAGAACCUUUCCUUCUCCUUCCGAGUGGAUAGACGGGACACUCGCCUCUCUGCAGAGGAUCUAGUGCUUGAAGGCGCUGGCUUGAGAGUAUCCGUGCCAUUGAUUGCUCAGGGCAACUCCUACCCUAGUGAGACUACUGUGAAGUACAUCUUCAGGCUCCAUGAAGCAACGGAUUACCCCUGGAGGCCUGCUCUCUCUCCCUUUGAAUUUCAGAAGCUCUUAAACAACCUGACCUCUAUCAAGAUCCGUGGCACAUACAGUGAGAGAAGUGCUGGGUAUUUGGAUGAUGUCACCUUGCAAAGUGCUCGUCCUGGGCCCGGAAUCCCUGCCAUGUGGGUGGAGUCCUGCACCUGUCCGGUGGGGUACGGAGGGCAGUUCUGUGAGAUGUGCCUCCCAGGCUACAGAAGAGAGACUCCAAGCCUUGGACCUUACAGCCCGUGUGUGCUCUGUACUUGUAAUGGGCACAGUGAGACCUGUGAUCCAGAGUCAGGUGUCUGUGACUGCAGAGACAAUACAGCCGGCCCCCACUGUGAGAAAUGUAGUGAUGGGUACUAUGGAGACUCAACCCUGGGCACCUCCUCUGACUGCCAGCCUUGUCCCUGCCCUGGUGGCUCAAAUUGUGCCAUUGUCCCAAAGACAAAGGAAGUGGUGUGCACACACUGUCCAACUGGCACUGCUGGUAAGAGAUGCGAACUCUGUGAUGACGGCUACUUUGGAGACCCUCUGGGCAGCAAUGGACCUGUGAGACUGUGCCGCCCAUGUCAAUGUAACGACAACAUAGACCCCAACGCGGUUGGCAACUGUAACCGCCUGACGGGAGAAUGUCUGAAAUGCAUCUAUAACACGGCUGGCUUCUACUGUGACCGAUGCAAGGAAGGGUUUUUCGGGAAUCCCCUGGCUCCCAAUCCAGCAGACAAAUGCAAAGCCUGCGCCUGCAAUCCCUAUGGGACAGUACAGCAGCAGAGCAGCUGUAACCCGGUGACCGGGCAGUGCCAGUGUCUGCCUCAUGUGUCUGGCCGGGACUGUGGCGCUUGUGACCCUGGCUUCUACAACCUGCAGAGCGGGCAAGGCUGCGAGAGGUGUAACUGCCAUGCUUUGGGUUCCACCAAUGGGCAAUGUGACAUCCGCACCGGGCAGUGUGAGUGCCAGCCUGGCAUCACCGGUCAGCACUGUGAGCGCUGUGAGACCAACCACUUUGGGUUUGGACCUGAAGGCUGCAAACCUUGUGACUGUCACCAUGAAGGAUCCCUUUCGCUCCAAUGUAAAGAUGACGGCCGUUGUGAAUGCAGGGAAGGCUUUGUGGGCAAUCGCUGUGACCAGUGUGAAGAGAACUAUUUCUACAAUCGGUCUUGGCCCGGCUGCCAGGAGUGUCCAGCUUGUUACCGGCUGGUGAAGGAUAAGGUCGCUGAGCACCGAGUGAAGCUCCAGGAGUUAGAGAGCCUCAUAGCAAACCUUGGGACCGGGGAUGAGAUGGUGACAGAUCAGGCCUUUGAGGACAGACUGAAGGAAGCAGAGAGGGAGGUGACAGAUCUCCUCCGUGAGGCUCAGGAAGUCAAAGACGUAGAUCAAAAUUUGAUGGAUCGCCUUCAGAGAGUAAAUAGCAGUUUGCACAGUCAAAUUAGCCGACUGCAGAAUAUCCGGAAUACUAUUGAAGAGACCGGGAUCUUGGCUGAUCGAGCAAGGUCUCGAGUGGAGAGUACAGAGCAGCUGAUUGAGAUCGCCUCCAGGGAACUCGAGAAAGCAAAAAUGGCUGCCGCCAAUGUGUCAAUCACUCAGCCAGAGUCUACAGGGGAGCCAAACAACAUGACCCUCUUGGCAGAAGAAGCCCGAAGGCUUUCGGAGCGUCAUAAACAGGAAGCUGAUGACAUUGUACGAGUGGCAAAGACAGCCAAUGAGACUUCAACUGAGGCGUAUAAUCUGCUUUUGAAGACCCUGGCAGGAGAAAAUCAAACUGCGUUGGAGAUUGAAGAGCUUAACCGGAAGUAUGAACAAGCAAAGAACAUCUCUCAGGACCUGGAGAAGCAGGCUGCCAGAGUCCAUGAGGAAGCCAAGCGAGCAGGUGACAAAGCCGUAGAGAUCUAUGCCAGUGUGGCCCAGCUGACCCCUGUGGACUCUGAGGCACUGGAGAAUGAAGCAAAUAAAAUCAAGAAAGAAGCUGCAGAUCUGGACCGUCUGAUUGACCAGAAGCUAAAGGAUUAUGAGGACCUCAGGGAAGACAUGAGGGGAAAGGAACAUGAAGUAAAGAACCUUCUAGAGAAGGGAAAAGCUGAACAGCAGACUGCCGACCAACUCCUAGCUCGAGCUGACGCUGCCAAGGCUCUUGCUGAAGAAGCUGCUAAAAAGGGACGUGAUACCUUACAAGAAGCCAACGACAUUCUCAACAACCUGAAAGAUUUUGACAGACGCGUGAAUGAUAACAAGACAGCUGCGGAAGAAGCUCUUAGGAGAAUUCCCGCCAUCAACCGGACCGUAGCGGAAGCCAAUGAGAAGACAAGGGAGGCACAGCUGGCACUGGGCAAUGCGGCAGCUGACGCCACUGAGGCCAAGAACAAAGCCCACGAAGCGGAGAGGAUCGCCAGCGCCGUGCAGAAGAAUGCCACCAGUACCAAGGCGGACGCAGAAAGAACCUUCGCAGAAGUUACAGAUCUGGAUAAUGAGGUGAACAGCAUGUUGAGGCAGCUGGACGAAGCAGAGAACGAGCUGAAGAAGAAGCAAAAAGACGCUGACCAGGACAUGAUGAUGGCAGGGAUGGCUUCGCAGGCCGCUCAGGAAGCUGACCUCAAUGCCAGAAAGGCCAAAAACUCUGUCAGCAGCCUCCUCAGCCAACUGACCGACCUCUUGGAGCAGCUGGGACAGCUGGACACAGUGGACCUGAACAAGCUCAAUGAGAUCGAAGGCUCCCUGAACAAAGCCAAAGAUGAGAUGAAGGUCAGCGACCUGGACAGAAAGGUAUCUGACCUAGAGAAUGAGGCCCGGAAGCAGGAGGCAGCCAUCAUGGACUAUAACCGGGACAUAGCAGAGAUCAUCAAGGACAUUCACAACCUGGAGGACAUCAGGAAGACCCUACCGACCGGCUGCUUUAACACCCCGUCCAUCGAGAAGCCCUAGCGGCGGGAGGGCUGUAAGACGGUGUCCCUGACAGGGGGCCCUGUAAGGCCUUGGUGCCUUGACACAAAAAUUACACUUUUCAGACCCCCACUUCUCUGCUGCUCUCCGUCACUGUCCUUUUGACCCAAGAAAAGUCAGAGUUUAAAGAGAAGCAAGUUAAACAUUCUUAACCAGGAACAAAGGGUUCUGCCUAAUAAAGUCUCUCCUCCACUCCUGUCAGCACCCUACCGGAACUUUCCUUGUUUGCCUGAAGUCACAGCAUCUUCCAGUGGCAUACCCACAUCAUGUGAACCUUUUUAUGCCAGGGCAGACCCAGCCCCCUCUCCUCUCUCAACACCAGCAGGACCUAUCUCAGUACUCAUAUUUCUAUGAAGGAAAUGUUUGGCUCCUCAUCAUAGCAUUGAGAUGGCCAAUAUGUCCAGUCUGCAUCUUCUGCCUCCUUUUUGAAACAAAAGGAAAUAAACAUCCUGUGCCAAAGGUAUUGGUCAUUUAGAAUGUUGGUAGCCAUCCAUCCAUCCAUCCAUCCAUCCAUCCAUCCAUCCAUCCAUCCAUCAGACAGACACUCUGACUGUUGGAGCAUAGGACAUUGAGCCAUGGUGGGUAAUAGUGUAGUUACAUAUGGGUCUCCAAGAGAACAUGGCUCAAAGAUGCUUAAGAUUUUCUCCUGUAUUAAUUGACUAGGAAGAUACACGUUUUGCAAAUCCUCAGGCAGCUGACGAAAAGUCUGGAUGGGCAGCUUGCACACACCACCACACUAGGUAGCUUUUGAUAUUUGUAUAAACAGGACUUAAUGCAGAAGAAACAGAGAUGUGAUAACCACUCAAGUUUUUUCCCCAAGUCUUACUAAUUCUCAGAGCUUUGUUAGUAUGUUAGUCUUGGAACUAUCGUUACGAUAUCUAUCAAAACAGUUGUCCUCCAAGGUCUUGACCAAUGAAAGAAGAGCACAGCUUUUCCCCAUGUUUUCUGGGAAGUGGAUGGAAUUGGGAUGUAACCUGUAUCCUUAGGAUUCUGUAAGUGCAUUUCUUUGUCUCUGUUGGAGAGAGAUGUAACGUCUGGCCUUCAGCUCCACUUCUCUGAUGGUUCCGUUCUUUCCAGAACUCUUCAAAACACAUCACUGUUUGCCAGAUCCUGGUGGCGAACGCUGCUCUCAGUGUUUCUCAAGGCAGCCAACCCCUUCUAGUGCCUGCACUUUGUGGCUCUGCCCACUCAAGGCCUUUCCUCUGUGUGGAGAGGGAAGAUCCAUGCAUGGCAUUUCCUAGUGGGCUUCUCAACCUCUGAUCCUCAGCUCGGUGGUUUCCUUAAGACCACACUGUGACAGUUCCCUGCCACACACCCCCUCCUCCUACCUACCUGCCUCUGAGAUUCAUAUUUAGCCUUUAACACUAUGCAAUUUUGUACUUUGCGUAGCGGGGGAAAGAAACUAUUAUCUGACACACUGGUGCUAUUAAUUAUUUGAAAUUUAUAUUUUUUGUGUGAAUGGAUUUUGUUUAUCAUGAUUAUAGAGUAAGGAAUUUAUGUAAAUAUUCCCAGUCCUCCCAGAGUGGCACUGUCUGCUCACGUCUCUGCUCAGUUUUCCCUCUCUGGCACAGAAACCUGUACACCUCCUCCCUUCCAUCCCUCUCUGAGUCAUGCCUGGUCCAGUGUUCUGCUCCACCUCUGACUGUUUGCAGCACCUUCACUAUUUGACAGGACGCCUGCUCACCUCCACAGCCUGACCAAAGAGGGCCCUCUUCCCCGUAGCUCUGACCAUCUGGGCUGCAACUCUGUGCAGUUCUCAGUGCCUGCCCUGGAGCUGUAGCCAAGCUGACAGGGUACAGGGAUUCGGAAAGUUUGCUGAUGGAACCUUCCCACACGGGUCAGUUUUGUAAGGGAGCAUGUGAUGACUGAGCACUUGAGGGCAUCGGCACAGUGCUACUGAUGAGAAAGGAGGCUCUGCUCAGCCUGUCUCCAUCUCUGUUGGGCAUACAGAGAUUAUCACAGAUUCUCAGCUAGGCAUCCCUGAGGUUGUGCUCUUGCUCCUCCAAGGCCUUCUCUGCUUUUGCAGAGGUGCGACCCCACCAAGUGCAGUGCUGAUUGGCUAGUUCCUCUAGUGCAAGCUCACCACCUUAACAUUUUGGUCACAGUUGCAAAAAAAAUGGCUAAAACAGACCACCAGCAUCCUUUGGGUCAACUCCACUCCAGGAGGUCCUAGGCGCCGGUGGGUGGGGUGUUUGCUUUGUCUUCUCCAUCUUUGUGGUAUAUUUUUAAACAGAAUUUUAUUUUUAAAAAUGAAAGUUAUUUACAAGAUGAUACCUUAUUACACUCCUGUGACGCAGCCAUUGCUUUAUUGUAUAGUUCCAAUAAUCUGUAUUUUAUGUAAUCAAAUGGACAGAAUGGCUGCUGUAGAAUGCCGGGUGUCACACGGAACAGAUUGUUUUAUUCCCCGCCCCCCGCCCCCCCCCCCCAUGGAAUUUUCCUUUGAUUCCAACUGUGGCCCUUUUAAAUGUGCCUUCACUUUAGCUGUUUGCCUUAAUCUCUACAGUCUUCCCCCAGGGAGGUUAAUAAAGCGCAACACUUGGCAUUUUUUAUGUUUAAAAAAGAAAACAGUAUUUUAUUUAUAAUAAAAUCUGAAUAUUUGUAACCCUUUA